CGCUUCGCCGUUUCGCUCGCCCGUAGUCACCAUGCUGUCUACCGCCACCCGCCUCGCCUCGCGCAACCUCCUCUCCAAGCCUCUGGCUUCUCUCGCCCCCCGUGCUGGUCUCGCUACCGCCGCCAGCAACGACGAGAAGCAGAUCAAGGUCGAGUUCCCCGACAAGUGGGUCGUCCACAAGCUUGAUGAGACCCAGCAGCCCCCCUCCUUCGCCUACACCAACCGCAAGGAGCUGCUGGACUACUUCUACGAGAUGACCGUCGUCCGCCGCAUGGAGAUCGCUGCCGACACUCUCUACAAGAGCCGCAUGAUUCGUGGCUUCUGCCAUCUGGCCAACGGCCAGGAGGCCGUCUCCACUGGUGUUGAGGCCGCCCUGGAGAAGGAGGACUCCAUCAUCACCUCUUACCGUUGCCACGGCUUCGUCUACACUCGUGGUGAGCCGGUCGGCACCAUUCUCGCCGAGCUCAUGGGCCGCGAGGCUGGCUGCACCAAGGGUAAGGGUGGCUCCAUGCACAUGUUCACCAACGAGUUCUACGGUGGUAACGGCAUUGUCGGCGCCCAGGUCCCCCUCGGCGCUGGUAUUGCCUUUGCCCACAAGUACAACGGCCGGAAGAACAUCUGCCUGGCCGCCUAUGGCGAUGGUGCCGCCAACCAGGGCCAGGUGUUCGAGGCCUUCAACAUUGCCAAGCUCUGGGACAUCCCGGCCAUCUUCGUCUGCGAGAACAACCAGUACGGCAUGGGUACCUCGGCCGAGCGCUCCUCCGCCUCCACCACCUACUACACUCGUGGUGACUACGUCCCCGGCAUCCGUGUCAACGGCAUGGAUGUCCUGCAGGUCCGCGAGGCCGUCAAGUGGGCCAAGGAGUAUGUCCUCAACCACGGCCCCCUGGUCAUGGAGAUGAUGACCUACCGCUACUUCGGCCACUCCAUGUCCGACCCGGGCACCACCUACCGCUCCAAGGAGGAGGUGGAGAACAUUCGCCGCAGCCGCGAUCCCAUUGCCUUCGUCAAGGGCCUGCUCCUUGAGAACGGCCUGGCCACUGAGGCUGAGCUGAAGGAGCUCGACAACAAGGCUCGUGAUGAGGUUGAGGCUGGUGUUGCCUUUGCCAAGGCCUCCCCCGAGACCCCGCCCGAGCACCUCUUCACCGACGUCUACAUCAAGGGCCACGAGGUCCCCUACCUGCGUGGUCGCCACACCAGCGAGACCCACUACUUCCAGAAGUAAGGUGGUCAAGCUGCGGCCUGGCUCUGCGUGCCUGCGCCCCGCCCGGGGUGCGUGCGAGGCGAGGCGAGAGGGGCGUGGGGCGCGUGCUCGCGAGUGGCCACGCUCCCCCUCCCCCGAUAAUGCCCUCUUUUACCUGUCCCUCUUGAUGAACCCCACCUCCUCCUCUUGCCCCCCGUGUAUGCGCGCGCCCUGUCUUCAAAUGUGCAAAAAAAAAUCCUGCCCACACACUUCUCCUCGCCCCACAAAUAAAGGAUACCCAUCC